ACUGGUAGUAUCGAUGGAAAUUAAUGGUACCAUGUAUCAGGGUGUACUGUUUGCAUUAGGUGGCGGUACCGGUGCUACGACUAUUCCGCAGAAUCCCUUCCAGAAUGUUAGCGAUUCAGCGGCAAUGGUAACGGGGUUGAAUUUAGCCACAACACUCAAGAAUCCCUUAUAG